AUGUUCAAUAUAGUUUUAUUAGUGGUUCUAGUGUUAGAGAUUUAAGCUGAUAAAUUAGUAUAAAUUCAAGCAUUAUGGAGACAUGGUGCAAGAACACCAAUCUUUUGUAAUUGGAAUUGUAUGUAUUUCAGAAGUCAUGAAAUGCUUGAAGGUUAUUUAACACCUACAGGAAUGAGGUAACAUUAUGUCUUAGGUUAAUGGAUGAGAGAAAAAUACAUUGUAAAAAACAAAUUAUUAAGUGAUACCUUUAAUGCAUCAGAAAUUACAAUUUAUGCCACAGAUGUUAAUCGUACAAUCAUGAGUGCAAUGAGUAAUUUCUAAGGAAUGUACUCAAAUAAUGGUCCUAAUGUUCCUAAUAAUGUAGAAGAGUCAUUUCUUAAACCCCCUAAUCCAAAUGCUAAACCAGAUGAUGAUAUUGGAUAAUAAGCAAUUAAACAUUAGAUAUAAGUUCUUCCAAUUCAUAUGAGAGCAGCUCUUACUGAUAUUCAAUUAAGAGCUUAUGGAGCACCAUAAUGUGCAUAAGCUGCCAAAUUUUAGAUUGAAAAUUAACAUACAGAACUUGUAAAAAAUGUAAGUGUCAAAGCUCAUGAUACAAUAAUUCAAUUUUGUAAUGAAAUGAAUAUAGAUCCAAAUAAUUUCACCAUCUUCAACAUGUCUGAAUAUAUGGAUACAUUCUAUUCAAGUAUUUAUAAUGAUUAUCCAAUGCCUCCUAAUUUAAAAAAAGAAACCUAUGAUAAAGCAGAUGCAGCAUAUUCAUUGACAAUUGCAUUGAAAUUAUAUUAGACUUGGAAGUAUAUAAAUUUAUAUUCUUAGAUAAAUUACAACUUAAUCAGCUCCAUUUUUCGAUUAAUUAUUCGAUUAUACAGAGAAGGCCUUAAAUAAAAGUGAAAAUAAUAAAUCAUUCAAAUAUGUAGUAUACUCAGCUCAUGAUGUUACAGUAUAAUUAAUUGCCUCUGCAUUAAAUAUUACAUCAGCUGAAUGCAUGGCUCAAGUAUAUCUAGGUUAGGAAGUACAAAAUAAAAAUUGUAUCUAUACAUAUCCGGGAUUUGCUUCAAAUAUUAUUUGGGAAUUAUGGCAAGAAGAUACUACCAACGAACCUUACUUUAAGAUACUCUAUAAUGGUACAGAAAUGAAUUUGUGUAAUAAGAAUUCAACCAAAUGCUUGUAUAAGGAUUUCAAAGAAUUAAUUUUAGCUUAAAAGGGAGAUUUUGAAAAAGAUUGUGAUAUUGAAAUAGAACCAAUUGUAUAAUUAUGAUAUAUCCAUAGAUUGAAUAUAGAGUUCCUGUUUGGAUGACAACACUUACUAUUAUAUUUAUUGUAAUCAUUGUUGGAUUUUGUUUUUAUGGCAUAUACUUGUACAAGUAAAUAAGAUAGGAUAAAACUUUGUUAAGUUAAAACAUGUGA